AACAAAAAGUGCAAUGCUGACGCUCUCUCUGUGGCGUCGAGUACUCAACAAACAAAACUACUAAUGAUACCAAUUGCAUCAGAUGUUUUCAUUUCACUGCACCCUUCACGCUAUCAUUCACAACUUAGUUUUUCAGCACGAAAGGCAGACAAUGAGUCACGAUUUAAGAAUCUUGUGAAAUUCUGAUCAGUUUAAAGCUGUUUUAAUAUCGACAUUUUUCACAACGAAGGAAAAGGAACACAAACAGAAGUGCCUUCCCGCGAUGGUAGACAUCAACGACCUUUCCCCGGAGGUUCUGUCCCACAUUCUGGACUUCCUCGAGCCUAGAAGCUGGAAAGAGGCCUCCCAGGUUUGCCGUCGAUGGUACAAUAUUCUGAAGGGCGCCCGAUUCCAGAGCAAGUUACAGAUGCGAAUCAAUAAAACUUUCGUGGACCCGCCUACCGAGCAGGAAAAGAGUGCCUUAACCCAUUGCCGGAAUCUGAUGAUCACCCAGUGGGACGAAGCGUUAGACUAUAACUGGGUCGGUUUCGAUGAGGACGACGAGGAUGAUGAUACAGACGAGGACGAAGAAGAGAACAGCGAGGAGAAUUUUCGCAGAAUUAACGUGGUUGAGUUCAAGUACCUGUUUGAACCCUCGCCAGAGUACCACAUUGGUGAGCUGUUGUAUAGCCAGGAGUUGAAUUUGGAAAGCCUCGAGUUGAGUAGUACGUUCGCCGGAUGUCGUUACAUCCUCGAAGACCGCAUUCAACAGUUCAAAAAUCUAACAGAACUCAUCCUUGACAUCACGGGCAAUCGUGUAUAUGGCCCAAUCAAGAGGGACCAUACGUCCUGGGUGCUUCGUCACGACCGAGUACGAAACCUCAAGCUAUUUUUCGACCAGCAGAUGAACAACUUCACCGUCAUCACCCCCUCUAUAAACAGCCUCAGAUUGCGUUCCUUGACCAUCUUCAGCCUGCCUUUCGUCACCUCGUACGCCAGCCAACUCGCCCGUGUCGACCUGGAGCUCGAAAAUCCCGGACUCAUCAAUGACUUUUUUGCGCUGAAAUUCCCCUCCCUAACGCAACUUCGGUUGCAGAUAGAUGGCGAUCAGGACGAGCAGGAGCGCUAUGCCCUACAUCAGCAUCACCACUACGCUGACGCCUAUCUCGAUGUGGAAUUCGUCAAAAGUAUGCCAAAGUUGAAAUACUUUCGCUGUGAAAGCCACAUGCUGUUCUACCGGAUGGCGGCGGCCUUCGCCAAGUUUGGUCAAUCCCAGCUGGAGGAUUUCAAGCUGGACUGGUUGCACUUUAACGCAGAGCAGCUGGAGAAGCUACAGGGGCUGCCACGUUUGAAAAUCUUCAAAAUGCGUCGCUGCGAGAUCCUUGGCCCGCCGGAGACUCCCCACAUCCUAACUCGCCUGCACCUGCCCUACCUGGAAGAACUUUCGCUGGUGUACAACAAGUCGCAAAUCGUGUUCGACGAAGGGCUAGUCGGACUCAAAAAGCUUAAAAUAACCGUUGAGACGAGCAAAAAUCACAAAAUCCUCUACAAAAUCUGCAACAACCUCCCGAAUCUGGAACAUUUGCGGAUUUGUUUGAACGCCAGGCUGGUCAACACGGCCUUCCGCCACCUGGACCGGCUGACCAAGCUGCAAUCGAUUCGGGUGGACAACGUGCAGUUGAACGAGCGGCUCUGGCAGUACUGUCCUAAGAUGGCCGGCGUGCGCAAGCUGGUCUUCACCAACGGCAGGCUAACCAUGGGUUCCUUGAAGGCCGCUGCAAGGCUCUUUCCGGCGCUUAAUGAGCUGUACCUGGACGAGUGCUAUUUCCAAAACUGUGAUGAAGAAGUAAACGGCGUGGAGCAAGAGGAAAGCGAUAGUGAGGAGGAUGAAAGUAUUAAGGUGCAAUACCAGGAGCGUGUGAGGCAGUAUUUUCCUAAGUGUAGAGUUUCGUUUAGACACUCAGUGUAUUUGAAAAGCAGAUACGAGUAACAUUGUUGAUUGUUUAAGAUAACUUUUAAAGUGUUUCCUUACCAUUUGUUG